UCUUCCAUUUUCUUGCAAGAUGAAAGAAAUAAACCAUGAAUGAGCCACUGGACAGUCCAGUCAACGAUUCUGACUUCCUGGAUUAUGUGGCUGCUUUGGGAAACUGCACUGAUGAGCAGCAAAUCUCAUUCAAGAUGCAGUACCUUCCUGCUGUCUACAGCAUCAUCUUUCUUGUGGGCUUUCCAGGGAACACAGUGGCGAUUUCCAUCUACAUUUUCAAGAUGCGACCCUGGAAGAGCAGUACCAUCAUCAUGCUGAACUUGGCCUUGACAGACCUGCUGUACCUGACCAGCCUUCCUUUCCUCAUCCAUUAUUAUGCAAGUGGUGAAAACUGGAUCUUUGGAGAUUUCAUGUGCAAGUUCAUCCGAUUUGGCUUCCAUUUUAACCUCUACAGCAGCAUCCUCUUCCUCACCUGCUUUAGCAUCUUCCGUUAUGUUGUGAUCAUUCACCCGAUGAGCUGUUUUUCUAUUCAGAAAACUCGAUGGGCAGUGGUAGCUUGUGCUGGGGUGUGGGUCAUUUCUUUGGUAGCUGUCAUGCCAAUGACUUUUCUGAUCACAUCAACCACCAGGACCAAUAGGUCUGCUUGUCUUGACCUCACGAGUUCUGAUGACCUUAAUACUAUCAAAUGGUACAAUCUCAUUUUGACGGCCACCACUUUCUGCUUGCCCUUGGUGAUAGUGACACUUUGCUACACAACAAUUAUCAGCACUCUGACUCAUGGGCCUCAGACCCACAGCUGCUUUAAGCAGAAGGCUCGAAGGCUGACCAUUCUGCUACUCCUAGUGUUCUAUAUUUGUUUUUUACCCUUUCACAUCUUGAGGGUCAUUCGUAUCGAAUCUCGCCUGCUUUCAAUCAGCUGCUCCACUGAGAGUCACAUUCAUGAAGCUUACAUUGUUUCUAGACCAUUAGCUGCCCUCAACACCUUUGGAAACUUGCUGUUAUAUGUAGUGGUCAGCAAUAACUUUCAGCAGGCAUUCUGCUCCAUAGUGAGUUGCAAAGCCAGUGGGGAUCUUGAACAAGCAAAAAAAGAUAGUUGCUCAAACAACCCUUGAGUCAUGUCAUUUAGUCAAGGGUAGGGAGAUAUCUCAGUGUGUAAAGUUCUUGACAUGCAAAUGUGAAGACCUGAAAUAGAAUUUUCAGAAUCUACUUAAGUUCAGUGUGGUAGUGAGCACCUGUAAUCCCAGGACUCCUAUGGUGAGAUGGAAAUGGAGACAGGAGAAUUCCUAGAGGCUCAAGGCCAGCUAGCCAACUGUACACUGUGACUAACCUCAAAGAGACCUUGUUUCCAACAAGAUAGAAGGGGAGGACCAAUGUGUGAGGUUGUCCUUUGAGCUCCACAUGCACACAGUGUCAUGUAUUCACCCCUCCCCUACCACACAAGUGGGAUCAUAUCAUUCACACACACACACACACACACACACACACACACACACACACACACACACACUCAUCAAAUAUCAAUCAAUCAAUCAAUCAAUCAGUGCCUCCUGAUAAUUUAUAUAUAACUUCCAACACGUUCCCCCUCAGUAGAACUCUAAGUAACUACAGUAUAUAUUCAGGUUGUUAUGAGCCAAAGCCAUGGGCUAGACUCUUAGGAGAUCUUUGCAAUAUGUUUAUUUAGAUCUUUGUUUGGGUAGAGGAUGAGAUACAUGAGUGUCAAUAAAGUAUAUAUAGGAUUAGAAACUAUGAAACUCAGAUAAUCUCUGUUGCCAUCAAUUUACUGGCUCCAUAUGAAAACUGGUGUUUGUACAACAGCCCUGGACUUCCCAGUGCUUUAAUGUGAGGAUGGGGAUACCGAGCAAACUAGAAGGAAACAAAAGCCAAGGGUAUCCUUUCAUACCUAGCUGCCUGUCUUUCAGCCUUUGGGGCCUGUGUUCAAUGAAAUCCGAGAUUAUCCAAAAGCAUCACUGUGCCUUUCUCAAGAUUUUUACAUCUAAGAUAUUUACAACUUCCUUUCAAUUUUCUUUGACACUAGUGCUCUGAGUUUUCCUCUCAGUCCUAGUUAGUUCUUUGGGUGGGAGGGAGACAUUAGGAUGCAGUUAAAAGAGAGUUGGGGGGAUGUCUCCGUCAGUAAAGUGCCUGCUGUGCACAUGUGAAGGCUUGAGUUUGGUCCCCAGAACCUGCACACAGAAGUGAGGUGCAGUGGCAUUCACUUGGCAUCCCAGCUCGAGGCAGCAGAAACAGGCAGGUCCCUGGGGCCUGCUGGCCAGCCAGCCUAGCUGACUUGGUGAGUCCCAGCACAAUGAGAGAUUCUGACUCAAAAAUCGAGGUGUAUAGCUCCUGAUGAACCACACCGAGGUUUUCCUCUGGCCUAUGUCUUCUCUGUAUCUUAACAACUGUUGAAUUUAUAAAUCACGUUAAGUUUUAUUGGCAGGUGUCAACAUGUCCUUGGGAAAGAGGAGACAUAUUGACGAAAUAUAAACGCUUUCAGAUAUCCUAUAUUCAGUAGGUAUAUCAAAUCUAAUGCUGCUUUGGUUUUCAGAGAGAAUUAUCCAGGAAAGACCCUUUUGGAUAUCUUUAUCCUUUAUACUAAUAAUGAAGAUAAUGUCUGUAGAAACAGUUAAAAUUAUUCUUGGAUUAUG